GUUGCAGCUCAAGGUCCCCCAAAACCAAAAACCAGAAAUCCACUAUCUGCUAGCUUUGCCCCCGUCACCAGCAUCCUCGCAUUCCAUUCGACAAUCCCAAAUCGCCAAUGGUCACCUCGUCGCUCCCGCCGCCCACCAUCCCGGGCUCCAAGCCUCCCCCCAAGCUCAGGCCCGCCGUGCUCGCCGCCUCCGCCCCCACCGCGACGACAUCCACCGACGCGGCCGCCGGCGGCCGCCUCUCCGCGCUCAUCCGCUCGCUCUGCGCCGCGGGCCGCACCGCGGAGGCCGCGCGGGCGCUGUCCGCUGCGGGGGACGGCGCGGGCAUCGUCGCCUACAACGCCAUGGUGGCGGGCUACUGCCGCGCGGGCCAGCUCCCCGCCGCGCGCCGCCUCGCCGCGGCCGUGCCCGUCCCGCCCAACGCCUACACCUACUUCCCCAUCGUGCGCGCCCUCUGCGCGCGGGGCCGGAUCGCCGACGCGCUCGCGGUGCUCGACGAGAUGCCCCGCCGCGGAUGCGCGCCCAUCCCGCCCAUGUACCACGUCAUCCUCGAGGCCGCCUGCAGGGGCGGCGGGUUCCGGAGCGCCGUCCGGGUCCUCGGGUCGCUCCACCAGAGGGGGUGCACGCUGGACGUCGGCAACUUCAACCUCGUCCUCAACGCCAUCUGCGACCAGGGGUCCGUCGACGAGGCCGUGCGGCUGCUGCGGGACCUGCCGUCCUUCGGGUGCCAGCCGGACGUGGUGAGCUACAACGCCGUGCUCAAGGGCCUGUGCAUGGCCAAGCGCUGGGGCGAGGUGGAGGAGCUCAUGGAGGAGAUGGUGAAGGUCGACUGCCCGCCUAACAUCGUCACAUUCAACACACUGAUUGGGUACUUGUGCCGGAACGGGCUUUUCGAGCGGGUGCACGAGGUGCUCGCGCAAAUGGCAGACCACGGAUGCACGCCGGACAUCAGAAUGUACGCGACCAUCAUCGAUGGGAUCUGCAAGGAGGGGCAUCUUGAGGUUGCUCAUGAGAUUUUGAGCAGGAUGCCAUCAUACGGGCUGAAGCCCAACGUGGUUUGCUACAACACCGUGCUGAAGGGAUUGUGUAGUGCCGAGCGGUGGGAGGAAGCUGAGGAGUUGCUGGCAGAUAUGUUUGACAAGGAUUGCCCGCUUGACGAUGUCACAUUCAACAUACUCGUUGAUUUCUUCUGCCGGAAUGGGCUGGUUGACAGGGUGAUCGAACUUCUUGAGCAGAUGUUGGAGCACGGAUGCAUGCCGGACGUCAUCACAUACACUACGGUGAUCAAUGGCUUCUGCAAAGAAGGGCUUAUCGACGAAGCUGUCAUGUUGUUGAAAAGUAUGGCAGCCUGCGGAUGCAAGCCGAAUACCAUAAGCUAUACUAUUGUGCUGAAAGGUUUGUGCAGCGCGGAACGAUGGGUGGAUGCUGAGGAGCUGAUGGCUCAAAUGAUUCAGCAAGGUUGUCCUCCAAAUCCUUUUACGUUCAAUACGCUCAUCAAUUUCUUGUGUAAAAAGGGAAUGGUUGAGCAGGCCAUUGAACUUCUUAAGCAGAUGCUAGUGAAUGGUUGCAGUCCCGACCUGAUUAGUUACAGCACAGUGAUUGAUGGGCUUGGCAAGGCUGGCAAGACGGAUGAAGCACUGGAGCUGUUAAAUGUGAUGGUCAACAAAGGGAUGAGUCCAAACACAAUCAUUUAUUCAUCAAUAGCUUGCGCCCUCUCAAGAGAAGGUAGAAUUAACAAGGUUAUUCAGAUGAUUGACAGCAUCCAAGAUGCCACAAUAAGAUCCGAUCCAGUGCUCUACAAUGCAGUUAUUUCUUCGCUCUGCAAAAGAGGGGAAACAGAUCGUGCUAUUGAAUUUUUGGCUUAUAUGGUGUCCUGUGGAUGCAUGCCCAACGAAUCAACCUAUACUAUACUUAUUCGAGGCUUAGCAAGUGAGGGAUUUGUAAAGGAGGCACAGGAGAUGCUCAGUGAGUUGUGCUCCAGAGGUGCUCUAAGAAAGCAAUUGAUGAAGCAUUUUGGUAUUGAGUAAAGUAUAAACCACUAGUUAUUACUGCCAAAUGCUGGUAUCGUCAGGAAAUCAGUUUCUUGUUAGCCUGAAGGUGGCAUCCACAGUAUUUUAUCCUGAAUCUUCAAAUUGCAGUGGCUGGGUAUGAUGUAUCAUGCUCUACAAGUGCAGUUCCUGAUGGGUGGACACAUAAGGUCAGGCUGAAAGACUGUCUCAAUGAUUCCUAAUUAGUAGCAGUUUGUGGCGUUAUUGAAGAUAUCAAGAAUACAAAGUUAUUCGAGCUUUUGGUUCCUUAGUAGAAGAUUUCAUCUGACAUAUCAAAUUUGACGAGAUUAGCAUUUUCGGUUAUUUCAGUAGAUGUUGAACAUCACACGGUUAACUGUUGUAUCAAGUGCCUUUCUUUAGGGAAAGGACUUUCAAAAUACUAAUGAUGAGUCAAGUAUCUUGAGGGCUACUCCCUCUGAUCCAUGCUA